AAGAGUGGGGAAAAUAUGCAGGCCUUAAAACUUAAACACUCAGUUGAACCAGAGACUAUGAAGUUCAGUAUUCAAUGUGUACGAAGUCAAGGAGCCAGACUCGGGAGAUUGUCAGAGAUUGGUCAGAAUAAAGAUGUCACAGUCGAGACGCCCAUGUGCAUGCUGUACACAAGGGGAGGCAGUGCGGCUCACUUGUCACGGGAUGUGUUGCAGAAACUUCAAGAUGUUCCAGCUGUAGUACAUAUGCCCUUGUGUCAGCUAGCACAGUAUGAAGAAAGUAUUGACGGUUACAAGGAUGGAAUGGCAAAGUUUACAGCACUAAGUGAUAAAAUAGUCUAUACAUCUAACACAGACCCAGCAGUACAGGUACCUUCUGGCUACAAUGAAAAGUCAGGGAUUGGACUUUGGGGUAAAGGAGGCAAGAUGAAGUUAGACACUGAUGGAUUUGUGAAGCUACAGGAGGCUAUCUUACCAGAUAUAUUCCAGUGUAUGUCUGAUGGCGACACAGAUAAAACUAGCACAAGAAAAAGGGCAACCAAGGCUGUAGAUAGAACCCUGAACUUUUUAGAUGAUGUACUGGAUAAAAUAAACAAGUCAAAGAGACUGGGGAAGUCAGUAAUGUUUGGAAGCAUCGUCGGCGGUUACGAUCUUAAAGAGAGGCAGAGAUGUACCCGAGAAACUGUUGCCAGAAAUGUUGAAGGUUUUGCUCUUGAGGGUUUUCAUGCAAUGGGACCAAAUGCAGAAGAUUUUGACUUGUCCGGGCCUGCAGAUCUUAUAUCUGAAAUAAUUAAAUUAUUACCGGAGGAGACACCACGACUGAUGCAGAGUGUAUGGAGACCAGAUACUGUACUUAAAGCUAUAGGGCUUGGCAUUGACAUGUUUGACUCAUCAUAUCCUU